CACUGACUUAUAUUUAUCUAUUAGGCUUCUACGAUGUUGUUAUUAGAGCUCUAGUAGGUUGUUUUUGUGUUUUUCCUUGUUCCUGGUGUGAACUGUAGAGCAGCAGCUGGAGGGAGCGUCUCCAGUGGGCGGGGCAUUCAGAUUUACCUCCCUGCUAUUGGCUGGCAGCGCAUCGAGGGGCGGAGCCACAGCCACACAAAACAGACAAGUUGCGCUUCUGUUCACCAGUCAAGAGUUGCAACAGUGUUUGGUGAACUGCACCACUUCUGAACUGCCUUCACUACUAGUCUGCUACAGGAGCGUUUACAUCCAUCCGUGUGCGUAAUUACGCAUUGAACAUCUUCCAACAACAGAAGCCUUUUAAAUCGUCUCUUACUAGUUGAACUUUGCGAGGUUCCUGCAGAGAAGAAGAAGAGGAGAUAUGGAUUUGGUGUAUCUGGUGUGUUUGGCGCUGAGCAUCGGUGCUUGGUUCGCCUGUGCUGAGAGACACAGCGUCUUCUGGAACAGCUCCAACCCAAACUUCCUGUGGGAUGAGUAUGCAGUGGAAGUGCGCAUCAAUGACUAUCUGGACAUCAUCUGCCCCCACUACACCCACGGCGAGGUGUCAUCGCACGCGGCCGAGCGCUACGUGCUGUACAUGGUGGAGAAGGAGGACUACGAGGUGUGCAAGCCUCACUCCUUUGACCAGCUCCGCUGGGAGUGCUCGCGGCCGUUCGCUCCCCAUGCCCCUGAGAAAUUCUCCGAGAAGUUCCAGCGUUUUACACCCUUCACCCUGGGCAAGGAGUUCAGACAGGGAGAGAGCUAUUAUUAUAUCUCCAAGCCGAUGCAUCACCACGGCCAGGACUGUCUGAAGCUGAGAGUGGAUGUCGGCGGACAUAAAGGCUCCGGAAAGACCAAUCUGGAUAAAUCCAAGGCAGAAGAUACAGUGAAAAGCUCAGAUGGAGAAAAAGGGAAGUUUCCUGCUGAUGGAGGAGUUCACAACCCCUCCAACCGGCUCCCAGCAGAUGACCCCGCUGUGAUGGAGCCAAAAGUCCAGAGGAGCGUCGGCAGUUCAGCAGCACAGCUGGUCUCCUUUUCACUCUUCUUCACCACGAUCCCAGUCCUAUUAGCUUUGAUGCUUCACUAAAGGCUGAGCUGGACGCCACAACAGAGACAAUGCUAACCUAAUGCCGGUCAUUGGGACCACGAACGAACACUCAGAGAUUUUUUUUAUACAGUUUUUUUUUUUUAUACGAGUGUGGACAGUGCUGUGAGUGUGCGUGAAUGUGGAACGUGGAUCGUUCCAAAGAAGAGGACCUUUUUUUUUAUUAUUAUGAGGAUGGAAAUUCUCAUUUUUUCGACCCUUUAAGAUGCACUCAUUUUUCAUUACGAACAAAACUGCAAGCAAACUGAUCAAAAAUACUUAGUAUUGAAAAAAGACAAGAACAUUACAGUGUCUUUCAUAUCCUGUGUUCUCAUCAUUGGUACAGAUUUGCAUUAUGCUCCUGAUCUGCAGCUCAUUUUUCUUCCUCUACAUGUAGAGAAAUUGUUAAUUCUGUGUAUUGGAAAUGUUGUCGUCUACUGCCAAAGUGGUAUACAUUAUGUAGGAUUUUUGUCAUGUUGUUGUGUAGCACUCAGCUCCCUGUUGUAUCUCCUCAAGUCUCUUCAAGCACCACAGUGGCAUCCACACUGACACAAAAGCAGUCACUGUGGUUUAGAUGAACACCACUGAAAGCAUCUGACAUCUUCAGUUCAGUUAUAAAACAACACGAGAAAACAAAUAGUCUAAUCCAGACCAGUGGUUCUCAACCUUUUUUCGGCUCAUGAGCCGAUAAUACUGCCCAUAUUCAUUUACAAAAUUAAAAGAAAUGCACCAGAAUUAAUUUGGAUCCUCAAAAAAUAUAUCUAUUUGUGUGUCACAAGUUCUCACUAUUCAAUUACAUGUUCUCAUGAGGGCUUGUGAUCAGAGGUUGAGAGAUCAAGAGACAGAUCCAUAUUAAAACGAACAGGGAUUUCAGGGAGCUGAGCUUCUUCAGUACUUACGGUUAUUCACUCAUUUCUACUGUACAUGGUACACUGGCUGAUGUGCAGGUGUGAUUCCACCUGCACAUUGUCAAACCUCAAACUGAAGGGACUUCCCAGAAUACAUUUGCAGUUGUCUUGUUAAACAUGCUUGUGUCAUUUUGUAAAUGUUUAUAUGUAAAUGUGUAUAUAGAGAAAACUAUAAGAAACUGUUUUAUGACGUGAACAAAAUCUUUAGUGAAAUAAAAAACAUUGUGAUGUAAUGAA